AUGACAGAGGCCUGGGUUACAUUAGCAACAACAGAUGGAUAUGCUAUUGGUGCACUCGUGUUGGCUUAUUCUCUACGGGAAUCUGAAACCACUCGACAGUUGCAUUGCAUGGUCACUCCAAACAUUUCACAGCCCCUCAGAGAUAAAUUAAAUGCGAUAUUUGAUGAAGUAAGUGAAGUGAAUAUUUUUGACAGUGGAGAUGAGGUUAAUUUGCGUUUGAUUGGAAGGCCUGAUCUUGGCGUAACAUUCACGAAAAUUAACUGCUGGAGGCUAACACAAUACACCAAAUGUGUUUUUCUUGACGCCGACUGUUUGAUACUGAAAAACUGUGAUGAACUAUUUGAUCAUGAUGAAUUUUCGGCAGUGGCUGAUAUUGGUUGGCCUGAUUGUUUCAAUUCAGGAGUGUUUGUUUUUGUGCCAUCGAUCGAAACUUAUACAAAAAUAUUGAACUUUGCCCUAGAACAUGGCUCAUUUGACGGAGGUGAUCAAGGCUUGCUGAAUAUGUUUUUCCAAGGCUGGCGCGAUAAACCUGCAGCUUUUCGAUUACCUUUCAUUUACAAUAUGACCGCUGGUGCAAUUUAUACCUAUGCAGCUGCUUUUAAAAAAUUUGGUGCGGAGGUUAAAAUUGUACACUUCAUUGGUGCGAUAAAGCCAUGGCAACAUUCACCGGAUAACGUUCAUUAUUCUGAACAUCUCACCUACUGGUGGUCACUGUAUAUGAAGAAUCUGGCCGCAGAUUUUCCACCAACACAUGUGAGUUCGUCGUCAUCAACGCCAAUAUCUUUUGAUCGCACAAUACCCUUUUAUUCCACAUUUUCUUAUGAUCCACAUAAUUUUACGGGUCUUCUUACUGAUAUGCCCUCAAAUAUUAGUAUGAACGAAACCCUUUUGGAUUCUUCAUUAUACAUCAGCUCAGCUGAUGACUCGAAUGAACCAUCUAACUCUAGCGAUGGUGUGAGUGGACCCCGUGGACCUUGCAUGCGCGUUUUUCGUUGUCUACCACCAGUUUAUCAAACUCAUAGCUGGAGGCCGCUUCGAUAUGUACCUAUUCAUCUAGCGAAACAGAUGGCUGCUUUUUCACGUGGUGAAGAUGCAAGAGGAGCAUUGGAAGGAACGAAUUUGUCGUCAACAUCGACGAGUGGAUCGAAUCCAGCAGCUUAUUUAUCAGAUGAGGAACGCAUAAGAGCAUGGGAAAUUGGUCAUCCGGAUUAUUUGGGCGUUGAUGCAUUCGAAAAUAUUCAAAAGGCAAUUGAUAAAGCUCUGCAGUGA